GGCGUGUACAAAGCUGUCUUGGGUAUAGACGCGUCGCCGCGAGCCGACUGCUCGGCGCGUAUCGUCGUAUGGCGGGCGCUGCAGUUCUAUGCAUACGAUGCACAUCAUGUAUUGGUGGGCUGCGCCGUUCCACGGGAGUCCGGAAAUGGCAGAAUCCAAGGAUCCUCAAGAUUGACGCGCGGCGCGUACGCUCAGUAUAAAAGCUUUCUCGCUCUUUCCCUCCUGCGCCCCAACUACCGCCUGAGGAGGCCAGCACUCGAGUACUCUCAUGCGCUUCGUCCUUCUUCGCUCCGAGAAACACAUCCUCUGCUCUCACUUUCCUGUUUCCUCUGUCGAUAAGGACGCCGCCGCCGCCAUGUCUGACUCCGGCGCGAAUUUCGAAGUGGAGCGUUAUUCGAACUCUUCAGCGUCCUCCUCGGAGACGUCCCUCUCUCAAGCAAACGACAUCAGAGGGAGGCGUACGGAACGUGUCUUCAAGACGAUCAAGGAGGCGCUCAUGGUACCGGUUCGAGUCUCCUUGGCCAUAGCCAGAGCCGAGUUCGAACCGUCGAUGUGCACUGGAACGAGGAAGGCGGUCUGCAUUGGCAUAAACUACAGGCACUCGAGCCAGGCUGCGAAGGAUCACUAUGGCAGACUGUUUGGGUGCAUCAAAGAUACCCACAACAUCCAGAAAUACCUGAUCGAACACGAGGGGUUCAAUGAAGCCGACAUCCGCCUGAUGACGGACAGGACUGCGACGCCAGACGAUCAGAAACCCACAAAAGAGAAUAUCUUAGCGGCUAUGAAAUGGCUGGCUGAAGGUGCCAAGAAGAACGACACUUUGUUCUUCCAUUUUUCCGGUCAUGGUGACCAAGUCGAAGACCAGGACGAAGACGAGGUUGACCGCCUGGAUGAAGCUCUUGUACCGUGCGACUAUAACGAGGAUGCUGACCUCAUCAAGGAUGAUGAUAUUUAUAAGAAACUUGUGGAGCUCCUUCCAAAGGGCUGCAGGCUUACUGCCGUGGUUGACUGCUGCACGUCUGGGACGGCCUUUGACUUGCCAUGCGCGUAUCGCGCGCCCCUCUUACCGAGGCUACCUAGCGAAGAACAAGUAGUGCACGAAUACCAGCCUUACACGCGCCGUUUCCCACUCUCGACUUGCGCCGACGUCGUAUACUGGUCUGGUUGCAAGGAUAGUCACCGAGCAGCUGACACGCCUACAAUGACUAUGGCCUUCAUCGAGACUAUGACGGCGAGCAAGCGCAAGGGCGAGUCCAUCACCUACGAUCAAGUCCUCCGGUCUAUGCGCGACAAAGUAUACGCCGAGCCCAUCGGUAAGGAAAGACAGAAGCCCCAGUUCGGAUCUGCUUACCCGAUAAACAUGAAAACCCCUUUCUUCAUCACAUCGUCCAAAGUGUGAGGCACUGGCGCUUCCUGGCUGGCCUAUUUGGGCGAUGUUUGUAUACGUCGGUCGGAUGAAGGGCAUGUCUACUGGUGACAAAUUUCCGAAAUUCUACUUGGUUUCUAGCACGAGUACGGCGUCCUCCCGGUGUACGCUGCGUCUGCUUGCAUCUGUAGCACUCCUGUGCCUUGUUUUCUCCUUUCACGCUCGUAUACUACAGAGUUAUUCUGAUUGGUACCAUAACUCGUAUGGAUCGCAGGGAAAAUAGAACAUGCGACUCGCAGCU